GUUCGAGUUGUUACUAUGGAUGCAGAGCUGGAGUUUGCCAUCCAGCCAAACACUACAGGCAAACAGCUGUUUGACCAGGUAGUUAAAACCAUCGGUUUGCGAGAAGUGUGGUACUUUGGUCUUCAGUAUGUGGACAACAAAGGAUUCCAGACUUGGCUAAAGCUUGAUAAAAAGGUUUCUGCUCAAGAAAUCAGAAAGGAGAAUCCCCUUCAGUUCAAAUUCCGUGCCAAGUUCUUCCCAGAGGAUGUGUCUGAAGAGCUGAUCCAGGACAUCACGCAGAAGCUCUUCUUCCUGCAGGUGAAGGAAGGGAUCCUCAGCGAUGAGAUCUACUGUCCUCCUGAAACUGCAGUACUUCUUGGCUCCUAUGCUGUGCAGGCCAAAUUUGGAGAUUACAACAAGGAUGUGCACAAGCCUGGAUAUCUCAAUUCAGAGCGUCUGAUCCCCCAAAGGGUGAUGGACCAACAUAAACUCUCCAGAGAGCAGUGGGAAGAACGAAUCCAGGUGUGGCAUGCUGAACACAGUGGCAUGCUCAAAGAGAAUGCCAUGCUGGAAUACCUGAAGAUUGCUCAAGACCUGGAGAUGUAUGGAAUCAACUACUUUGAAAUCAAGAAUAAGAAAGGAACUGAACUUUGGCUGGGGGUUGAUGCCUUGGGGCUCAACAUCUAUGAAAAGGAUGAUAAACUGACUCCAAAGAUUGGGUUCCCCUGGAGUGAAAUCAGAAACAUCUCUUUCAAUGACAAGAAGUUUGUUAUAAAGCCUAUUGACAAGAAAGCACCAGACUUUGUGUUUUACGCCCCUCGUCUGAGAAUUAACAAGAGGAUCCUGCAGCUCUGCAUGGGCAACCAUGAACUGUAUAUGCGGCGCAGGAAGCCCGACACCAUUGAGGUGCAGCAGAUGAAAGCCCAGGCCCGGGAGGAGAAGCACCAGAAACAGCUGGAAAGGCAACAACUAGAAAAUGAAAAGAAGAAGAGGGAGACAAUUGAGAGGGAGAAAGAGCAAAUGUUGAGGGAGAAGGAGGAGCUGCUGGUGAGGCUACAGGAGUAUGAGGUGAAGACUCAGAAAGCAGAGAAAGAGCUCUCGGAUCAGAUCCAAAGAGCCAUUCAGCUGGAGGAGGAAAGGAGACGAGCCCAGGAGGAAGCAGAACGCUUGGAAGCUGAUCGUUUGGCUGUUCUGCAGGCCAAGGAAGAGCUGGAGAGACAAACUAUGGACCAGAUAAAGAGCCAGGAACAGCUGGCUACAGAGCUUGCGGAGUAUACAGCCAAGAUUGCACUUCUUGAAGAGGCAAGGAGGCGUAAAGAGAGCGAGGUUGAAGAGUGGCAAAUCAGAGCCAAGGAAGCCCAGGAGGAUCUGGUAAAGACAAAGGAGGAGCUACACCUGGUAAUGACUGCUCCACCUCCACCCCCACCGCCUGUCUAUGAGCCAGUGAACUACCAUGUCCACGAUAACCUGCACGAUGAAGGAUCCGAGUACUCUGCCUACAGCGCAGAGUUCUCCAGCGAGGGCAUCAGGAACGACCGCAAUGAGGAGAAGCGCAUUACUGAAGCAGAGAAGAAUGAACGUGUACAGAGGCAGCUGAGGGCACUGACAGACGAGCUGGCCCAGGCUAGAGAUGAAAAUAAGAGGACCCACAAUGACAUUAUCCACUCGGAGAACAUGCGACAGGGACGUGACAAGUACAAGACGCUGCGGCAGAUCCGGCAAGGCAACACUAAGCAGAGAAUUGAUGAGUUUGAGGCGAUGUAAUGAUGCUUCUAACAAGAAGGCAGGACUGUGGGAAAGGCAGAUCUUAAUG